GGAAAAGUCCAACUGCAAACUCGCCUGCCUAGGUGUGUAGCUCUCACAAAUGGCCUCUUCUAGGGGAAAGGUGGAUCUGGCCUCACCAGAACUUUUCAGGGAAACUUAACUGUCCCCAGUCUACCCCACUGAAUUGAGAGAAUUUUGUGAUUACCGGAUUGAAGAACAAGGAUAUUAGCAGGUAUAUACUAUUUCACAGCUGUACCGUCUCGUCACAACCUUGCCAGGAGCCUUGACAUCAAAUCCUUGAUUAUUGGAACCAUGCUUUAAAAUUCCUGGGACCCCAAAUUGUCUGGUUAGCAGAAACUGAAGAGGGCAAUCUGAGUGGUCAGGCCUGGAGAAAAUCCCCCACAAAAUCGCUGAAGAAAUGGCUCUUAUGAAGCUAAGUGACAGGAUGUCUCUGCAGAUGAAGACAGUUGGAAAGGAACAACAGUUUACUGAGAAAAACAAUGGCUUUCUCCAAAAUACGGAUGUGGCUGAAGGUGCAAUGCAGAAUUUGCAGAGGGAAUUUACCAAAAUGGACCGCAUAUUGGACAGAUCAGAUGAUGAGAACAUUUUCUCUGAAAAGCCUCAAAGUGACUUCCAUCAUGUGACAGAGACUACAAAAUGGAAUAUGCCGGAGCUGGGUGCUGAGCAUCACCAGGACCUGCAGAAAGAGCAGUAUGAGCAAGAAACAAAUCAGGUUCAACAUGAGGAUCCUCAAGUGCCCACAUCUUUGCAGUUUUCAGAGGAGAGCAUCCCUGAACUGAGUCAGGAGAACACGCUCUUCCAGCUAAACCACUGGAAUAUACAGAUGGGUUUACAAGUGAGAGAACUUGGAGCUGAUCACAUAGACUGGAUGGAGAAAAUGAACAAUAUUAUGCAAAAAAUAAACCUAACAGAAAACACAGUGAAGAGCUUAUUAAAUGAGGUGGUGUCCCUGGAGGGCCACAUUGAAAAGCUGGAGUCACAAAAGGACUUUGACCCUGGUAAGGGGACAAACAUUGAGGAGAAGAUCAUGGAAAUUAAGAAGCAAUUAGAAGAAAUGGAUAACAAAUGUGUCCAGGAAGAUGCUUGUAAUGAAGCUCAUGCAUUAAAGGAGAAACUCAUUGCAAGAAUAAAGAACUUUUACAAAGACAUGACUCUGCUGAAUACAAAGCUGGGGAUGUACCAAAAGCAAGAGGGGAAAACAGACUCUCAGAGUCCUGAAGAAAUGGGAGUGGAGGAAAGAGAACCUCCGCAUCCUCAGGCUCCAUGCCCCCCUUUAGGGGAGAAUGCUCCUUCUGGCAUUACAAUGUGGAAACGUGCACUGAGGAUUUUCAUCAUGUUUUAUGUCCUCACCUUCACUGGACUUUCAUGUUACAUACUAUUUUUUGAUGCUACGUUUAUCUUUGAAAGCCUGCUCCCCACAAUGCUUGGGCACCGCAGAAUGUGGGAACUACGGGAGAUCAUCAGGCCUUGAACUUGCAAGCAGAAGACUUGUUACCCUCCUAAAGAUAUAGAAGUUACUGUUACCCUAAGACUUUCUCCUUAAUAAAAUUCUGGCUGUUCUUGUA